AUGUUUUGGAAGGCUGAGGUUGGGACAGUUCAAACUUUGCAAAAGCCGGUUGAGGAGGAGAUUGACCGUUUGAACAUCAUAUCGAAGUUUUCCCCUAGAGCCUUUGAUAGUGAUCAGAGAGUCGCCACUGUCUUAGAACAAUUUAAAAAGUUGUUUUAUAAUCUUACGGUAGAGGUAAACGGCAACUUGAUUACAAAAUUCAGAACAUUUGCUGAGGAAAUCAGUAAGCUUCGCAAGACGUUGAGCACGGUAUCUCGUGUGUACCAACAUCGAUCGCAACUAAGUGAGAAGGAAUUUUCUGAUUUAAGUCCGAAAUUAUACAAGAAGACGGAUCAGCUUCUUCAAUUUCACAAGGUAAUUUCUAACGCUUGGAGAGCUCGAUUUAAAGAACUCGCACAUAACUACAAUAGCAGUAAGAGGUUCCAUCGUAAGGCUAUGAAUGCCUACAUUAACUUUUACAACUGGCACUGUGCGUUCAACCUUCAGCCUGAAGAAAUUGAACUGUUUCACAAGAAACAAGGGGCUUGGUACUUUCAAAAGUCGAGCAGAGCUUUAUUCAAGUACGAUUACCCGACACUCCUAGAGGAUAAUCUCGAAGAUGCAUGUCGUAGUCUUCGCCUGCUACUCGCAAUGAGGAAGGAAGUGAUGGCCAUAUAG